CACAUCGUGGCACUAUUUUAACACUCGCUUUCACUCUUACAUAUGUCAUUUUGCGUAAAACUUUAAGAAAGUAUUCAAAUUUGUCACAUAAACCCUGUCCGCUUCACAAUAAUUGUUUGACUAAUUAACGGUUCAAGUUCAAUUAUUAGUCAACUGUUCAACACUUCUGUGUCAACCUUUCUAAUACGCUAAUAAUUGGAGGAAGCAGUGAACUUUAAUUCAGUAAGCAGUGCAAGAAAAGAAAUACUUCAACAUGGACGGUCUAAAAUCGUCAAGCCGAUGGGCCGAUGAAAUUGAUGACGACGAGUUCACCCCCACCACGGCCACGGUCGAAGUUAAGGAGAAGAAGCAGCCUAUCGGUGUUCCCAAAGAAGAUGAAAGAAUUGUUACAGAAAUCAAGAUUGACCCGGAUUCUGGGAAAAAAUCAAAAAUCUUUAGAACUUUUCGACUAGAAAAACAAUUGGUUAGUAAAGGUGUCGUGGAGCGAAAGAAGUGGCCAAAGUUUGGUCAAUCGAAGAAGGAUCCCCCAGGUCCCAACGGGUACACGACGGUGGUGGGCGAUGACAUCCAAAUGCAGUUCCUCAGCACCGACAAGAACGGAGUUGAGCAGAAUGUGGACGAGACUAACCCACUGGAGGCCGCAAAACUUCAAGGGAAAGGUGUUAGGUGCAGAUUCUGUCAAGAUAACCAUUUCAGUGCCAAGUGCCCCUACAAAGAUGUGGGUCUUCCCCCAUUGGACAAUGCCCCAUCUCGAAUUAUGGACGAUUCAUUGAUGGAUGGCAAGAAGGAUUCCGAAUCGAAACCUGGUAUUUUCGUCCCUCCUGCCAUGAGAGGUGGAAAUCGUCGUGGUGAAACAAUGAUGAGUCAAGCCAACCGCAAAGAUGAUGCCACCAUUCGGGUAUCGAAUCUCCCAGAGUCCAUGUCGGAAACGGAUAUGCAAGAACUUUGCGUCCCCUUUGGAAAAAUCGAAAGAAUUUUCCUUGCAAAAGACAGAGCCACCGGUGUUUGUAAAGGAUUUGCCUUUGUCACAUUUCAAUCCCGAGAAAGUGCUGCGAGGGCACUAGUGGCGUUGAAUGGUUACGGUUACGAUCAUCUAAUUCUUAACGUCGAAUGGUCUGCGAAACGGGCUGACUAAUUUUUUUUGUUGAUUUAUGAUCAUAUAUAAUUUUUUUAGUUGUAGAUAUAUACUUGUUUGCAACUUACGUUAAAAUAAAACAACUUUGAUAUCAUCAAGUAACUUAUCUUUA